AUGCCACCAAAAGUUAAAGCACCAAAAGUCAAAGUUGAAAAACCAUUCACGUAUGAACGGAAUCUCCAAAGCAAGUUCAAGUUUGGCGCCCAUGUAGGUAUGUCCGGUGGGAUCUACAAAGCCGUUACCAAUGCAAUGAAUAUCGGCGGUAAUAGUUUUGCCUUGUUUUUGAAAUCCCCACGUAAAUGGGUUUCUCCAGCAUUGAAGCCGGAUGAUAUUGCCAAGUUUGCUGAAUUGUGCAAACAGUACAAUUAUAACCCUAGGACCGAUAUCUUGCCUCAUGGUUCGUAUUUUAUAAAUUUGGCCAAUCCUGAUCCGGAAAAGGAAGCUAAAGCGUACGACUCGUUUCUUGAUGAUUUGAAACGAUGUGAACAAUUGAAUAUCGGAUUGUAUAAUUUCCAUCCGGGAUCGAGUUUAGAUGGUGAUCGGCAACAAGCAUUGAAGCAACUUGCUACCAAUAUCAAUAAAGCGAUAAAAGAGACUGAUUUUGUCAAGAUUGUUAUUGAAAAUAUGGCUGGGCACGGGAACCUUAUUGGAUCUGAUUUGAAAGAUAUACGUGAAGUUAUUGAAUUGGUGGACGACAAAUCUCGUGUAGGGGUGUGUUUAGAUACGUGCCAUUCUUUUGCUGCUGGAUACGACAUCACUGACGAGGAGAAAUGGGAUGCGUUUCUUAAGCAGUUUGAUGACAUAAUUGGUGCCGAGUAUCUCAGUGCAAUACAUUUGAAUGACUCAAAAGCUCCUUUAGGUGCUAAUCGUGAUUUACAUCAGAAGUUGGGUCAAGGAUUCUUGGGAUUGGAAGUAUUUAGAGCGAUUGCAAAUUGUGAGAGACUACAAGGUAUCCCCAUUGUGUUGGAAACACCCGUGGGUGAUAAUGACGAGAUAUACGGAGAAGAAAUUAAACUUCUUGAAUGGCUUGAAGGGAGGUCAAAAGAUGAUGCGGAAUUCAUCGCUAAAAGAGAUGAGCUUUGGGCUCUUGGUAAGAAAGAAAGAGAGGAGCAAUUGAAAAAAUUUGAUGUGAAGUCGAAAAAGAGGGCUAAAGAGGAGGAAAAGAAUGGUGAUAUUACAAAGAUGGUUAAGAAGAGGAAAGCGGGUGCAAAAUAG